CAAGGUGUCUACUUGGAAGUUCAUUUUCCUCGUGACGAGUUCGCCAUUCAGUGUAUGAUGCAUCCUGCGACGUAUUUGAACAAGGUUUUGUUCGCAUCAACGCAGGGAGCUUUUCAGCUUUGGAAUUUGAGAACCGGGAAAAUGGUUCAUGCAUUCAAAGGAUGGAAUUCGUGCAUUAAUGUUGUGGAACAGGCACCUGCUGUCGAUGUUGUUGCAUUUGGACUGAAAGAUGGACGAAUAAUCCUGCACAACAUCAAACUGGACGAAACGAUCAUGACCUUCACGCAGGAGACCUUAACUGCAUCUUUCGGGGUUUCGGGUGCUGAAGUGACAGCAUUGUCUUUCAGAACAGAUGGAAAGGCUGCCAUCAUGGCCUCUGGCUCUCCAGAUGGACACAUUGCAUUAUGGGACUUGGAGGAGAGGAAGCUUCAAAGUGAGAUUCGAUUUGCUCAUGAUGGGCCUGUAGUCGGGUUGGAAUUUCAACAAGGCGAGCCUUUGCUGUUGAGCAAUAGUUCCGAUAACACACUCAAACAAUGGAUUUUCGAUAUGGGAGCGGAUGGAGGUCGUCAACUCCGUGUUCGAGAAGGCCACAGUGAGCCGCCCUGUCGAGUGUUUUUCUAUGGUGAAAACGGAGAAGAAAUUCUGACAGCUGGACGGGAUUCCAGCGUUCGUGUGUUUGCGACUUUUAAAGCAGACGGCACAUUUAAGAAUUUGGGUAAAGCCGUUUAUAAUAAGAAAUCAUACAAGAAAGUGAAGAGGAAGGAUAGACAAGGAGACGCCGGCGAGGGAUCUGAUAAAGCCAAUGAUUACAUGCGCAAAAUCAUGCCUCCGAUCGCUCAGAUGGCUGGUGUAAUGACGAGAACAAAGGAAUGGGCCGAUAUCGUUGCUUGUCACGAAAAUUGUCCACUUGUCACGACCUGGUCGUAUUACAAAACGAGAAUGGGAGAUCUGAAACUCUUGCAUGAUCGUUUCAAACAUGAUCCGAAGUUGAAGAAGAUUGCAGCCACCACUCGUUCCUCCAACUCGGAAGAAAGUCGAAUUUUUUGUUGGUCUCUUGGAAUUUCAAUGAGAGGUUCUGAUUGCAAUGUAAAGUUCUGGCGAUUCAAAACGUGUCAGUACGGGGUGUCUGCGGUGAUGCCCGCGCCGGUUUCUUUCAUGCGAGUUCAUAGGGACAGCGGAUUAUUGGGGAUUGCGUUGGACGACUUCUCUGUCCGGGUGGUCGACUUGGACGACAGAAAUCCGAAAACGAUAGGGCGGCCCGUGAGGCGGCUGGAAGGGCGGCAUUCCGCGGUCAUCACGGAUAUGACUUUUUCUCCGGACGCCAGAUGGUUAUUGACUGCCAGUGCGGAUUCCACUGUGCUGGUCUGGGACCUUGUCACAGGACUGGCCAUGGAUUGGUUCAAAGUACCCCAUAUUUGCACGUCGAUGUCGUUCUCGCCCUCGGGGGAAUUCCUGGCCACCAGUCACUCGGGCUGUCUCGGUGUUUACCUCUGGGUGAACAAGACCAUAUAUGUGCCUUCUUCUGGCGCGAGGAGUUUGCCAGUCGACUACAAGCCUCGCAUGCUUCCCUUGCCUGGUGCGACGAUUGAAAAAACAGGAGAAGGAGAAACCGAAGAAGAGGAAGAAGAAAUUGAAAAAACGGAAGUUUUUGUGUCUCCCGAGCAGAUUUCGAAUGAUUUGGUCACUUUGGCUCUUUUACCUGAAUCAAAAUGGGCAAAUCUGCUGAACCUCGAUGUCAUAAAGGCGAGGAACAAACCGAAAGAACCUCCGAAAGUACCGAAAUCAGCACCUUUUUUCCUCCCAACCGUCGCUGGUUUGACUCCGCAAUUUGAUCUCAGUGCAGAGAAGGAGCACGAAGAAGGCGGAGAUGCUGAAAGGAGUCGUUUAUUGAGAAUGACCGAAGCUAGACACUUGUCCGAAUUUGCCAAACUCGUUCACCGAAAAUUGAUGGAGGUGAUGAAGCAGUAUGGACCAAGCAAGAUCGACGUCGAAGUGCGGUCAUUGGCGCCUGCGAAUGGCGGCGAUGUAGAACUGAUGAUGAACUUCCUGAAGUCAAUUUUUCUCUCGUUUGAGGAAUGCAAAAAUUUUGAAGCUGCUCAAGCGUACUUGGGAAUCUUCUUGAAGAUACAUUGGGACGAGAUUCCUGAGCAUUCGGAAGUGGCUGACUUCCUGCCAGAACUUUUGGAAAAACAACGAUGGUCCUGGAAGAAACUUAGUUGUAAGAUCACGGAUGCGUUGUGUCUGGCAAAUUUUUUGGACAAUGUGGUUUUGUGAUAAUAUAAGACCAGUUGCCCUGGAA